CACAGACAGGACUGAGGAAAUAUUCUCGAUUCAGUCAGAGUAGAGACAAGUUGUAUUCUGCACCAUGGAAGUGUUCCCUACAACCAGUAUAGGACAGACGUUAAUACGUGCCAUGUCACUUCUCGGUGUACUGCUAUGCCUGUAUCCAGCGGUCUCAGGAGUAGCUGACAUCACAAUGACCAGCAGGUUUCCAUACUAUCCGGACACGGACCGAAGAUACCCAAAUUUCCAGGACCAGGAUUUCACUUGGUUAUACUGCUACUACACCGGGACGCUUUUGAGGCCAAGUGACAACUAUUGGUUCAAGCUUGAACUAGAUACAGGGUCAGGACGGCGGUUUGCCUUAGGUAGAAAUACCGGAGGCGGAUCUAGUCCUCCCCAUAGGCGAGUGAGGAUCUGGCCUUAUGACAGAAACGACAAUCCAACACAUCUCACUAACGCCUACUCCUGCCUGGGUCGACAAAACGGCGUCUCUGACAAAGUCAUCACGUUCAAGAUGAGAGAGGACGCUGACGUGAGGCCCCGGCUGUUCUCCCGUACCGUGAAUGUGGGAGACGCAGUAACGUUAGAGAUGGUUCGGAACCCUGCCUCCAACAGGACUGGAGCCCUGGAGUGGAGGAAGGACGGAGUCGUUCUACAGGGUCAGACGGCUCUCACACUCAACAUCAACAACGUCCAGUCUUCAGAUGAAGGGAUCUAUGAGUGCUACUAUGACGGGGCAUAUUCUGACAGGAAACAGGGCAUCGUGAGGCUCAUAGUUAGAGCCUGUGCAGAGAACAAGUACGGAUCUGACUGUUCCAAUGACUGUCCCGACUGUUAUAACGGAGGGGUGUGUCAUGAUCAGACAGGCGAGUGUGUCUGUCCUCCGGGCUUCAACGGAACUUACUGUGGGACAGCCUGUGCGUCCGGACGUUUCGGUAAGACGUGUAGGUUCAGCUGCAGUGGAGGCUGUCAGGGCCAGCUGAUGACGGUUCCGGAUCCGGUAGGGUGUACCUGUCCUCCUGGGCUCACCGGAAUGACGUGUCAAGACGCGUGUCCGGACGGUACGUAUGGCGCGAGCUGUACUCAAAACUGUCACUGUUUAUCCGGAAACUCAGCCUGUCACAAGGAAACAGGAGCGUGUGCCGGCGGAUGUGCAGCAGGCUGGGAGGGAGACUCCUGUCAGAUAAUGUGUCCAAUAGCAGGCUACGUUAGCUUUAACGGAGUUUGCUACAAGGACUUUGCAGACCCGAAGACAUACGACGAGGCUAGACAGACGUGUGCGGCAGACGGGGGACUGCUGGCCAUGCCGAAGAACAGCGCGAUCAACACGUUCAUCGGGGGAGGAGCUGAUGAAGUACGGACAGACACCGUGAACGAAGCGCAGUGGGUAUUCGCAGACGGUCAAACCCUGGCGUCAUCCGGCUAUUCCAACUGGUACACCGGCGAGCCGAACAAUGCUAACGGGGGAGAACACUGUGCCGAGACCAAUUUUCGAACCAGCGGCGAAUGGAAUGAUGCCCCGUGCAGCCUCCCCCGGGGAUUCAUCUGUCAGAUAAUCCUAGAUUGCUCCGUCCUCUUUCCUGGCCUACUCCCUGCCAGCAACUUUGGCAGGUACCAGAACCAGUGCUUCUGGUUCUCCACCAGGAGCGACCGCCGGCUGAACUACCGGGCAGCCCGACAGGUGUGCGGGUCCCAUAGCGGCACCUUGGCUAUGAUAAAAGACGCCGGUGUGCAGACAUUCGUCACGGAGAACAUAAAGAGAAUCAGUGGUCGCUUAGCUCUGAGGACUUACUGGAUGGGCCUGGAUGACCUGAACAGGGAGCGUAGGUUCGUAUGGAAUGACGGAACCCCGCUGGGAAGCUAUCGCAAGUUCCGGUCCAGAGCCAAUCACAAGCGCAGGGACUGCGGGGCACUGUGGAGGACCAACAGACUGAGUCGCUGGGUUGUACUGACCUGCUGGAACCGACUGCCCUACAUCUGUCAGAUGGGCCGUAUCUUGGUGGACAGCUUCACUAUGUAUGACGUCAUUUUUUACGUCAGCGUUGUUGCUAUGGGUAACAAGUCUAAGAAGGCCUGA